AUGUGUUUCAGAUCCAACGACUCAAUCGGAUUUCACUUCCCAGAUUAUUCUCCAUCCGAUGUUGAAGCUGGCACAAACGCAACAAUCCAGCUUGAAUACACUUCAACAUAUGAUGGAAGUGGGAACGAAACAUUUUAUGCUUGUGCAGAUGUUACUUUCGUAGAAGAGAGUGAUUUCACCACAAGCGUCUCUUGCUUCAACGCUACUGUCACCGGUCCUUCUACUGAGGGCAUAGCGAGCUCUGUCGCAACAUCAUCUGCAACCUCUACAUCAACGGGAUCCUUGACAGUUUCAUUGUCUACCACCUCAGAUUCAUCAUCAUCGAGUUCCAGCGGGCUAUCUAAAUCAGCCGCUGCUGGUGUCACAGUCGGUUGUAUUGCGGGUGGUCUCGCUUUGGUUGGAUUUGCAGUAUUCUUGUUGAUGAAGAAAUACUCGUAUAAGCCUCGAUUUAGAGGAAGAGAACACGUCGGAAGCGUUAGAUUGAGCAGAGGAGAUGAACACCAUACUCUUGAUUGGGGAAGUAAACUGGAUAAUACGGCAGGAACAGUGGAUGUCAUGAUGAACGUUAAAAAGAACAUCUGA